AUGUUGCCUGCGCUGAAGUGGCUGGACAAGGAAAUGGUCAAGCAGGAAGAGUGUUGGCAGGGCCUCAUACACUGCAAAAGUCUGGGAGAAUGCCUCAGAACACGGAGAAUACUCGCAAACUCUCCCGGGCAAUAUGGCUCCUACAUACUCGAUCACGCCGUGUCAGCCGCGUUACUUCAGAAUUACCUACGGAGCUUUGAGCAGAUCUAUCGGAUUAAUCAUGUGCCGACGCUGCAGAGAGAGCUCGAGACAUUUCUACAAGAUCGCGCUUCGGUCAACCACGAAUGCAUUGUUAGACUUCAGCUUUGCUUUGCACUUGGAGCUCUAACAUACGAUGAUCUAUUCUCUCUUCGACCGCACGCUCUUCAAUGGAUAUACGAGGCCCAAUCUUGGCUUACCAACGCUGAGAAAUCACAGCCAAGUAUUUCGGGCAUUCAGAUCAUGUGUCUCUUGCAGCUGGCUCAACAGACGACAGAGUCACUUUAUGGGGACCGGAUCUCAGCUCUCUCAGGCAACCUUCUUCGGUCUGCGAUAUGCAUCGGGUUGCACCGAGAUCCGAUUGGGCUGCCGCGGAUGUUACCUUUUCAGAUCGAGAUUCGACGCCGUCUCUGGACUACUGUGUUAGAGCUGGUUCUGGAAGCAAGCAUAGAGUCUGGCCAGCCCGUUCUCAUCUCAUCCGAGGACUUUGACUGUAGCUUACCCUCAAAUCUGAACGACGACCAGCUGCACUGCGAGUCUACAGUCCGUCCCAUUCCGAAGAACCCCAGUCUUCACACCGAUAGCUCUCUGCAAAUUGCUCUCGGUCAGUCCCUGACGUUGAGACUGACAAUCGCUAAAUUGUGGAACAAGGUCAAGCAGGAGGCGAACUACGCCACAGUCCUACAGCUUAGUCCGCAGCUUACUGCCACCCGCCAGAUUUUGACAACUACGCUCAAGAACUUGGGCAAGAAUACCUCGCUAUUGACUUGUCAUAUGUGCGAGAUGGUACUUAUGCGAUACGUCUUUGCGCUGCAUUUGCCUUACAUGCUUCUACCUGAUUCUGUCUUUUCCCAUUCACGACGCGAGUGCAUAGAUGCUGCGCUGCAUCUUACAUACAGGGCUAUGCCAGUAUCCGACACGAACGAGUCACUCUCGGAGCUUCUACAGCAAGCAAAUGACGAAGACUACUGUCCCGAAUUUGGCCGAUUGAUAGUCUGCGGCUCGGGAUCCUUGCGGUCGGCACAGCAUAUUGCUAUCAGUGUGAUCGCGGCAGAUCUCAACACCAUGAUAUCAGAAAGAGGCAAAAUAGCGACAGGGUCGGCUCUACGUGUCGUGGAAGAGCGUUGGCUACUGAAGGCUGGUGUUGCAUGGGCCAGACGGAGAAUCGAGGCAGGGCAAGAGAAUGUGAAAGAUUAUGUAUUCUUUGCAAUAGUGCUUGCUGCAGCAGAAGCUGUCUUGAAAGGCAAACCCGUCGAGGAUGAGAUGACAGAGCGAUGUAAGGAGGCAAUCGCGGACGCGAAGACGUUGCUAUCGGAUAUGACUGGGGGAACAACCUUUGAGCCCGCUAGCGCUGUUCAAAAUGCAGAGUGUGAGAAUUAUUUGGAGGAUAUCGGAGCUUUCUGGGCAAGCGACUUACCGUCCCUUGACUGGGGUGGAUUCAUGCCAAUGCCACACAGCUAA